CGACUAAAGGUCUUCAGACCCUCUCAAUCUGAGUCUCUAGCGGGCGACUAACCUCCACCGGAGUAAACAGAUUGAGGCCCUAACAACAAAACCUCCACUACCGAAGUGAAUUCGGUACAGAAUAGUGAGUUGGCUCCUCGACUAAAGUCACCAACUCCCUACCUUCAAUCAAGGAUGCUCUAUCAACCUAGGCAGAUAUUCUCAUUCUAGGUUAAAGCAGAAACAACAGGAAUUUGAUCAGGAUUCAUGCCAUUCAAUCAUUCAAACCUCAAUUGAAUAUAAUCAAAUCAUAGAAUCAAUACUUGGGUUCAUACAAUCAAACCUAACAUACAAAUCUAGGGUUCUCCAUACCCAGAUGAAUGGGAGAACUACUCCAUGGAGAAAGAAGCAAAAGCAGAAUCAGACGCGGAAAUCAUACUGUGAAGGAUGGAUUUCUUCUCCUGGACGUUGAUCGGCACUUCUCCAAGCUCAAGCCAAGCUCCAAUGGUGAUGAAGAUCAAGCUAGGGCACUUGGGAACUCUUGUUCGUCGCUUUGUCUCUCUAGGAAUCGCUCUGUCUCUCUAAAACUCGAACCCCCUUCUGUUUUGGCUGAAAUCUGCUUAAAAGGGCAUCACUGGGCAAAACACGGUCGAGGGCACGACCGUGUUUUGCCUCAGCCCGCCCGUGUUUUGCCAAGGGUUAAUUACACGGCCAGACUGUUGGGGGAAAACACGGGCGUGCUUUUGGUGGACACGGCCGUGUUUUUCCUCAACCCUGCUCGUGUUUUGAGCUCGUGUUUUUCAACCCCAUAUCAAGUCUCGGCAGUAAAAGCACGGCCUAGGAACACGGCCGUGUUCUGCUUUAGGUGUGCCCGUGUUUUGGCUCCAGCUCCACCGAAUGACUUCCGAAUGCCCCGAAACUCGUGCUUAGCCUUUCCUUUGACGCCUGGGACCUGAAAUAUGACAAAAUAGCACAACCCGGCGUAAAAUAGGCCAAAAAUACACGACUAUGCCCCUCAAACGGAUAAGAACUAGGGGCGCAAAUAUAUGCAAUUACAUCGUUAUCACUUGGAGACAAGUAAAUGGCUAAGUGUGCGGGAAUUUGAUAAUGCCUUGAUUACAAAUUUUUUAUUCCCUCAUUUAUAUAUCAUUUGAGCUCAAUUUCUUUCAUGUUAAGCUAAUUUACGCUAGAUUGUGCUCUUUUAUCGCAUUUUAGGUCCUAGCGAGUAAGGGAGUCUUAUGUGCAAGUUUCAGAUAAUUUAGAGAUCGUUUGGCGACUCGAAAGUGGACCAGGGGAAGAAACGUGGGCAUGGCCUUCAGAAAGACGAGAUGAAGAAGCCAGACCGCGUUUUACAGCUCGUGUAACCCAUGUCGAGGCAAAACAUGGGCUAGACAAGCAGUGAAACACGACCGUGUUUCUCCAAGUUUAGGUCAUGUUUCAUAUGCAGAGAAGAAUCAUAUGAAAUCUCCAAAACAUGGGUUGAGGCAAUACAUGAGGACAGACCGUGUUUUGCCUUGGAGAGCUCGUGUUUUCCAGCUGAAGAAACUUAAGUGAAAUGAGGGGCACUAACCAAAACAUGGGUUGGGCCAAAACACGGGUAAGGAACACGUCUGUGUUUUUCCCAGCUACAUAGUUAAGUGGAAAUUUCGUGUAACAUCCCGUUCCGGCAAAAUCCAUAUCUUGAUCGCUAAAAAUUCGCGAUUUAAAAUCGAGCGUUUUGAUAGUAUUUCGACAAAAAGUGGAUUAUCAAUCGAUCGGAUAAGUAUACGUAUUAAUUUUAUAUAUAUAUAUAUAUAUAUAUAUAUAUAUAUAUAUAUAUAAUAUUAUAUAUAUACAAGCGGUCACACAGACCACUUAUAUAAACUCCCCCUCCAUUAAUUCCCAUCAUCGUCAUCAUCUUUUUCCAUUUUCUAGACCGAGAGCAGAACGAGCAGAGGGCGCUCAGGGGAAGCGAGAGGGAAAAUCUCAUAGCUCAAUUCUUGAGCAUAAGUGAUCCAAAAAUCCCGUAAGUAAUGCCUAAUUCAUCUAUACAUCGUGAUUUAUCGAUUUAGAGCUUUAAAACGAGUUUUUGGUUCAGGAAUUUCUUGAUUUCCCGAUAAGCCAAAUUAGAGUUUUGGAGUAUCUGGAAGCCGGAUUAAGCCCAAAUUUCACAUACGAACUUCUUGCAACGAGGUAAUUAAUACUCUGGUUCUAAUCCAUGAAUUUUGGCUAUUAAUUAGGUCGGAGCUGGAAUCACUGAAUUUAGCUCCGGCCAGGGUUUGGUGUGUUUUUAUCGAGAAUUUGAUCUGAAGCUUAGUACUAACAUUGACGGGGAUACUGCAGGGGAUAUUAGGACAAUCUCGGAUUUUGAUUCCGAGUUUGUUUGAGAACAGUGAAGUUUAGUUCGGGAGGCUAAAACCGGUUUUAAAUUCCGCUGCAGUUGUAUGAACAUUAUGAUUAGGCAAAGCGUACAGGGUAGGGUGUUACAGUUUGGUAUCAGAGUUGGGUUUGUUUUCUGCAUUAUGGGUAUGUUACUUUCACUCUUGAGGACUGAUCACCCUCGAAAGGGGAGAGAGUACUCCAUACCUGUACUUGCACUAAACUUGCCAGGAAUUGAGACCAUGGGUGAUGAUGUGUUGCAUAGUCAGUUGCAUUUGGUCAAAAAUGAUUUUGAGGUUAUGGUUUAAAGGGUUUGAAAAUUUUAUGGAGAUUUUAUCUUGUUUUCUAAAUUAUUAUUUUGGAGGAAGUUUUAAUGGUGUGUGGAUCAAGUUAUGGCCAAUAUUUCCUUGGAGCUCGCACAGAAGUUGUUCUAGAAAUCCUACUAACCAAUCGAGAAGCAUUGUGGCUAGCUAUGUAAUGCACUUGAAUUUAGACUAUGUUAACACGAAGAGUAGUGGUGGUAGAGAUUUUAAUAGAGACAUGAUUCUUGAUGCAGUGGUGACAACCAUUUUGUAGGUUGAUAUAACCUUGUGUUAUUGGCAACCUACCUUGCAGGUUAAUAACUUGGUUUAGUGAAUUAUGCUUUUGAACUUGUUGAUGUGCUUAUGUUGUGAUAACCCAGUAUAGGUUUUUGAAACUUUAUAUUGGGAACUUGAGGUGUUAUGUGUUUAUUUAUGUACUUCAUAUCUCCUAACCUAAGAGUUAAGUAGUAACAAGAUAUGUGGUAGUAUAUGUUAGGAUGGGAACGGACAGAUGCGAUAAUCAACUCAAGGUUAGAUUUCGGGAACGAAAUAUUUUUAAGGAGGGGAGAAUUGUAACAUCCCGUUCCAUCAAAACCCAUAUCUUGAUUGCUAGAAAUUCAAGAUUUAAAAUCAAGCGUUUUGAUAUUAUUUCGACAAAAAUAGGAUUAUCAAUCCAUCAUAUAAGUAUAUGUAUUAAUUAUAUAUAUUAUAUAUAUAAAAGCGGUCACACAGACCACUUAUAUAAACUUCCCCGUCCAUUAAUUCCCAUCAUCGUCAUCAUCUUUUUCCAUUUUCUGGACCGAAAGCAGAAGGAGCAGAGGGCGAUCAGGGGAAGCGAGAGGGAAAAUCUCAGAGCUCAAUUCUUGAGCAUAAGUGAUCCAAAAUAUCGUAAGUAAUGCCUAAUUCAUCUAUACAUCGUGAUUUAUCGAUUUAGAGCUUUAAAACGAGUUUUUGGUUCAGGAAUUUCUUGAUUCCCCGAUAAGCCAAAUUAGGUUUUUGGAGUAUCUGAAAGCCGAAUUAAGUCCAAAUUUCAUAUACGAGCUUCCUGCAGCGAGGUAAUUAAUCCUCUGGUUCUAA